AUGGAUCCGUUAUACAUCGUGAUUGAAGUAGUCAUCGCUGUUCUCUCCAUAUCCGGCAACAUUCUGGUGUGCUGGGCCGUCGCCAUCAACAGCACCCUGAAGAACGCCACCAACUACUUCCUGGUGUCCCUGGCUGUGGCAGACAUCCUGGUGGGCUGCCUCGCCAUCCCGUUCGCCAUCACCAUCAGCAUCGGGAUUCAUCUGGACUUCUAUGGGUGCCUCUUCCUGGCCUGUUUUGUCUUGGUACUGACUCAAAGCUCCAUUUUCAGCCUUCUUUCUAUUGCAAUUGAUAGAUAUCUGGCCGUCAAAAUUCCUCUGAGGUACAAGGAGUUGAUGACGGGAAAGACCGCCAGAGAGAUCAUCGCUAUUUUAUGGAUCCUCUCCUUUGUCAUCGGCCUCAUCCCCUUCUUUGGCUGGAACUUGAAGUACGCAACAUGCAGGAAUGGCAGCUCUGGGGCGGACAACACUACAAACAGGGGCGGAGGAGAUUUAGUACAGAGCUGCCAGCUCGAGUGCUUCUUUGAGAGUGUGGUGGACAUGCGCUACAUGGUCUACUUUAAUUUCUUUGUGUGCGUGCUGCCUCCGCUGCUCAUCAUGCUGGGCAUUUACCUGAAGAUCUUCACUGUGGCCAGGAAGCAGCUGAGACAGAUAGAGCUCAAGUGCGUGGGCAAUGGGGACAGCCAUCACCACGGGCUGCUGCAGAAGGAGAUCCGGGCAGCCAAAUCCCUCUCCAUCAUCGUUGGACUGUUUGCCAUCUGCUGGUUGCCCGUCCACAUCCUCAACUGCCUCACGCUGUUUUACGAGGAGCUGCAUAAGCCAGAGAUUGUCAUGUAUGUAGCCAUCAUUCUGUCUCAUGCCAACUCGGCGGUCAACCCCAUCAUCUACGCUUACCGCAUCCAGGACUUCAGGAACACCUUCCGCAAGAUCCUGACCCAGCACUUCCUUUGCCGGAGGGAGGAGCUGUACCUCAGCUCCAACGGCAGCAGACGCAACAGAGACCAGAUCCACAUGACCAUCGACCCUCUGCUAUAG